UUUGAAAUUUGAGGAUGACCUGCUUGUGCCGCCAAUUUUCAGUUGAUUAGGAGGACAAACGCUCGAAAAAGUUGCAAAGUCUUGUGGUUGGCGAUGCAACAAGUGCUGAUCUGCAGGCUAGCUCUGCAACACCAGGCGGUUUCACACCAGAGUCCAUACAGGAAAUUGCUUGAUGACUCAGAGCAGGCUGGUGUGAAGCCUUCUUCAUACGCCGUCAUUCGUUCCACUAGCAUGGAGGUCUGUUAUCUCCUUUUUCUAAGCGUGACUGCCGUCUUAUGUUUGCAAGACAAAGCAUAUAAAGGGCCCGUGCCUGGUGGUCUUCGCAACACCAGCAAGAAUGACCCUGGCGUAAAGAAGGCGGUGAUAUCAGGAACCAACGCUUACAAUAACCAGUCGAACGAUGCGUUCCUGUUCAAAGCUUCGGCCAUAGACAGCGCGCAGAAACAGAUCGUGAAGGGUGUCCUGUAUCACCUGAAGGUGGAGCUGUCUCGUACGGUGUGCCGUAAGUCCAGCCGUGGCACCGACCUGGCACACUGCACCUUCCAGCCCCAGGGGGACCUCCAGCAGACCUUCCUGUGUGACUUCAAGGUGUGGUCCAUUCCAUGGCUGCACCAGAUGACGACUACGCACUUCCACUGCAGCCCGUCACCAGCUCCCCAGCUCAUCACCCAGCAACACCCCCUCGUUGACCUGCUCUGACACCACACACAUACACACAUACAUACAUACAUACAUAUAUACAAACACACAAGCGCACACAGAAACACACACACACACACACACACACACACACACACACACACACACAAGCAAACGCACACAGACAGAAACAAAUGCAUACUCGGAGAAACAUGCACAUACUCACAGCCCAGCUCCAGCACUUUAAACACACCGUUACGUAGAGGUAACGUCCACUCUGAUAUCCAAAACACACACAGCUCAGUAAGUAUACCAAAAUGUUAUGUUUAUUCCUCAGCAUCAGCAGUGGGGUGGCAGUGGAGUGACAUGAGCCAGCAGUGGGGAUAUCCCAUAACUUUUCAAUAAAGGGAACAAUUCAAAAAACA